UACAAACACGAAAAAUGGUGCAGGGUGUAAAACAAAAAUAGCCUCCAUUUGUAAACCAGGCAACCAUAUUUGAAAUCAGAUCCAAUACAAAAGUAUUUAAGAUGUUUUAAAACAGUCAACACCUAAAGAAAUUUACGUACAAAAUGUUAAUUUUUUUUUCGAGAUGGUCGAGCGACUAGUUCUCGACCACUUAAAACGUAUUGACCCCGAGAUUCAAGCUCGUUGGUGGCGGUGGAUCCUUGAGUGCUGUGCUCACACCACACUUUGUCUGUGGUCUUAGAAUAAAGAGAUACUUGAAACUAGAAAUGACCAAAAAGUAGUAACCAGAGAGUAUAUACGACCAGUGACCAGGCUAUUUACCAGGCGUAACCAGGUCAGGUUGGCUUUCUGUGCCACUCAAAGCAGCAGAAAAUCAGUCUGCGGAUGACCUGAACUGCGCCAUUUUGACGGCAAGGUGAUUGUGAACUAGAUUUGAUUGCAACAUGUCAGAUUUCUUAGAUUCGGAAGCAGAAGAAAGCGAGAAUGAGGAGGAGGAAGAAGAGGAUUAUGCAGUAAAGAAGAAAAAGAAGAAAGGAAAGUCAAAAAGAACUGCAAGUGAUGAAGAGGAAGAUGAAGAUGAAGAUGAUGAAGAAAGACUGCGAGAGGAACUGAAAGACUUGAUUGAUGAUGCACCUAUUGAUGAAAGUGAAGGUGAAGACUCAGAUGGAUCUGCUGGUUCAAAAAAGAGAAAGAAGAGUGAUGAUGAAUUUGAUGACCGGUUAGAAGAAGAUGAUUAUGAUCUCUUGGAAGAAAAUCUUGGUGUUAAAGUAGAAAGAAGAAAAUUUAAAAGAUUGAAGCGCAUUCAAGAUGAGGAGUCUGAAGAAGAGCAGGAAGAACAACAAGAAGAUGAACGUGAUGCAAUUGCCAAUGUGCUUUUUGAGGGCUCGGAUAAUGAAGAAGAAGGAGCGUCAGAGCGCGGUGUGCAGCGAAUGGAGCCAGAGCACAUGGAGGAGGAAGGGGAAGAGGAAUCUGAUGAGGAUGACUUCAUUGUUGAUGAUGAUGGCCAGCCCAUCAAGGAUAAGCGACGCAAGCGAAAGCCCAUCUUCCAUGAUGCUGCCUUGCAGGAGGCUCAGGACAUUUUUGGUGUAGAUUUCGAUUAUGAUGAAUUUGAAAAAUAUGGUGAAGAUGAGUAUGAAGAUGAAGAGGAUGAUGAAUAUAUUGAAGAUGAAGGUGGUGAUAUAGAGCGCCCGCAACGACCAAAAAAGACUGAUCGAAAGAAACCUACUAGAAAAACAAUUUUUGAGAUUUAUGAACCUAGCGAACUUAAGAGAGGUCAUUUUACUGAUCUUGAUAAUGAGAUCAGAAAUACUGACAUUCCUGAGCGUAUGCAACUCCGUGAUUUCCCUGUUACACCAGUGCCAGAGAACUCAGAUGAGUUAGAUGAGGAAGCUGAUUGGAUUUAUAAGCAAGCAUUCUGCAAACCUACUGUCUCGUCACAGGAUGGUUUAGUAACAGAGGCACGUGAGCGAGCACGUAAAGGUCCUCAGACAGUGGGCAAAAUCAAAAAAGCCCUGGACUUUAUGCGUAAUCAACACUUUGAGGUUCCAUUCAUUGCAUUUUACCGUAAAGAAUAUGUGCAGCCAGAAUUGAACAUCAAUGAUCUUUGGCGUGUAUACAAAUUUGAUGAGAAGUGGUGCCAGUUGCGAGCCCGCAAGCAAGCUUUGGUCAAAUUAUUUGAGCGAAUGCGUGAUUAUCAGGCAGAGCAGUUGACAGCCCAACCGGAUCAACCUCUUCCUGAGGACGUGCGUGUGUUACGAGAUGAAGACCUAGAUCGACUGCGAACUGUACAAACACCAGAGGAGCUCAAGGAUAUACACUCCCAUUUCCUGCUGCAUUAUGCACAUGAGAUACCUGCAAUGCAAGAAGCACUGCGUGUAAAGCAGCGGGAAGAAGCCAGACAAGCAAGAAAGAAGCGCCCAGUCAACACGGAGGGCAUUGAGGGUGUUGACGGAGAAAAUGAAGGAGCUGGUGAGGAAGAUGAAGAAGCAGCAGCCGAGGAGGAACCGCCAGAAGAGCCGCCGCCAGAGGGAGAAGUGCUGAAGCAGGCUGUACGUGGAGGUCCUUAUCACAUGUGCCGCAAAGCAGGACUGGCUGGGCUUGCUAAACGCUUUGGCUUGAGUCCUGAGCAGUUUGGAGAGAACUUGCGUGACAACUAUCAGCGCCAUGAAGUGGAACAGGAACCUACAGAACCUGUAGAGGUAGCUCGAGAGUAUAUCAAUAAUAAAUUCACUUCUCCUGAAGAUGUGCUGCGAGCUGUUAAGUUUAUGGUGGCAAUGCAACUUGCCCGAGAGCCCUUGGUACGCCGAUGUGUACGAGAGACUGUGUUUGAGCGAUCCAAGCUCUGUGUGCGGCCUACCAAAAAAGGUGCGAAAGAGAUAGAUGAGAAUCAUCCGUGUUACAGCAUGAAAUAUGUCAAGAACAAGCCAGUACGUGAUCUUACUGGUGAUCAAUACUUGAAGUUAAUUAUAGCUGAACAGGAUAAAUUACUCACAGUUCAGCUUUCAGAUCAGUUGGAUGGAAUAACUAGCAGUUCCUAUAUUGAGGAGGCUAAGCAGUUGUAUUAUAGGGAUGAAUUCAGUAAAAAUGUACAGGAAUGGAAUGCAUUAAGAGUAGAAUGUGUGGAAUUGGCUCUUACCCGACUACUACUCCCUGAGAUUCGCAAGGAAUUACGUCUGGCACUUCUUUCUGAAGCCCGUGAAUCAGUUCUUAAAACAUGCUGUCGUAAAUUAUAUAACUGGUUGAAGGUGGCUCCAUACACUGCCGACUUCGGAGAAGAAGAUGAUGAUGAGUGGGACACAAGCAAAGGCUUGCGAGUAAUGGGUGUAGCUUAUGUGCCAGAUUAUUCGCAAGCAUCCUUUGCUUGCAUGGUGGCACCAGAUGCUGAGUGUACAGAUUAUUUGCGACUGCCUCAUUUACUCAAACGGAAAAAUGCAUUUAGGGAGGAGGAGAAGUUGCAGAAGGAGACUGAUUUGUCUGCUCUUAGAAAUUUCAUUGCCCAGAAGAAACCACAUGUGAUUUGUGUGGGUGGUGAAUCACGGGAAGCUUUAAUGGUGGUUGCUGAUCUUAAAGAAAUAGUGACACAAUUGGGUGAAGAAGAACAGUUUCCUCAAGUUGCUGUGGAAGUGUGUGACAAUGAGCUGGCAAAAGUAUAUGCUAAUUCUCUCAAAGGGGAGAGUGAUUUCCGAGAUUACCCAUUGCUCCUAAGGCAGGCCAUCUCACUGGCACGUCGUCUUCAAGACCCUUUGGUAGAGUUUUCUCAGUUAUGUACUACUGAUGAAGAAAUAUUGUGUUUGCGUUACCAUCCACUCCAGGACCAACUCUCUAGAGAAGAAUUGUUAGAAGCUCUGUAUUUGGAGUUUGUAAACCGUACUAAUGAAGUUGGUGUGGAUGUUAACUUAGCUGUUCAAACCAACUACACUGCCAAUUUAGUGCAGUUUGUUUGUGGCUUGGGCCCACGUAAGGGACAGGCCCUGCUUAAAACUCUAAAACAGAACAACCAUCGACUGGAGAACCGUACACAGCUUGUCACCAAUUGUCAUAUGGGACCAAAGGUGUUCAUCAACUGUGCUGGUUUCAUCAAAAUUGACACUAAUUCUUUGGGAGACAGCACUGAGGCUUAUGUAGAAGUACUGGAUGGCUCUCGUGUUCAUCCAGAGACAUAUGAAUGGGCUCGUAAAAUGGCUGUAGAUGCUUUAGAGUAUGAUGAUGAGGAUGCAAACCCUGCGGGAGCUCUAGAGGAAAUUUUGGAUUCUCCAGAACGCUUGAAAGAUUUGGAUCUUGAUGCCUUUGCUGAGGAACUGGAGCGUCAAGGUUUUGGUAACAAGAGCAUUACUUUGUAUGACAUACGUGCAGAGUUGAAUCAUCGGUAUAAAGAUUUGCGCAGUCCCUUCACAUCUCCAAAUCCAGAGGAACUUUUUGACAUGCUUACUAAAGAAAGCCCUGAGACUUUCUUUAUCGGGAAGAUGGUGUUGGCAACAGUAAUAGGCAUCUCUCAUCGUCGACCCCAAGGAGAUCAGCUGGAUCAAGCAAAUCCUGUGCGCAAUGAUGAAACUGGUCUUUGGCAGUGUCCAUUUUGCCUUAAGAAUGAUUUCCCUGAGCUUUCAGAAGUGUGGAACCACUUUGAUGCGGGUGGUUGUCCUGGACAAGCCACUGGAGUUCGUUUAAGGUUGGACAAUGGCAUUUCAGGUUACAUUCACGUGAAAAACUUGUCAGACAAGCAUGUGACCAAUCCAGAGGAGCGUGUCCAGCGAGGUCAAAUGAUUCAUUGUCGUGUCACCAAAAUUGAUGUUGAACGCUUCUCUGUAGAAUGUACAUCAAAGUCCUCUGAUCUUGCUGACAAGAAUCAUGAGUGGCGUCCACCAAAGGAUCCUUUUUAUGACAAUGAGGCAGAGGAGAGAGAUCUCCAGGUGGAGGAAGAGGCUCGUAAAAUGAAGCAAAGGCAGACAUACAUCAAACGUGUUAUUGUGCACCCAGCCUUCCAAAACAUCUCUUACAAGGAAGCAGAGAAGAUAAUGGAUCAAACAGAGCAAGGAGAAGUUAUUGUGCGACCUUCAAGCAAAGGCGCAGAUCAUUUAACUGUCACCUGGAAAGUUGCUGAUGGAGUAUAUCAACAUAUUGAUGUGCGAGAAGAAGGAAAAGAAAAUGCCUUUAGCCUUGGGCAAUCAUUGUGGAUUGGAAAUGAGGAAUUUGAAGAUCUGGAUGAAAUCAUUGCUCGUCAUGUGAAUCCAAUGGCGGCUCAUGCACGGGACAUUCUUGCCUUCAAAUACUAUCGAGAUCUUACUGGAGUAAAGGAUAAAGCAGAAGAGUUACUCAAGGAAGAAAAGAAGAAAAAUGCUUCCAAAAUCCACUACUUCAUCAGUGCUUGCAAAAAUUAUCCUGGAAAGUUCCUGUUGUCAUACCUGCCUCGCACACGUUGCCGCCAUGAAUUCAUCACAAUUUCGCCGGAGGGAUUCCGCUUCCGACAACAGAUGUUUACUUCUCUGGGACAGUUGUUCCGGUGGUUCAAGGAACACUUCCGGGAUCCAGUUCCUGGCACACCCAGCACACCACGUGGGGCUGUUACAGGAAGAACUCCAUACCAUACAGCUACACCCAGCAUUAAUCUUGCUGCUAUGAACCCUGAGGCCAUUCAGAGGGUAGCCCAGAGCAUGCCCUCCCACAUGCUGCAUAGCCUGUCUCAGGUGGCUAGCCAGACGCCUCACUACCCUCACACCCCAAGUGGUGCAGCUGCUGCAGCUGCUGCAGCUGCUGGCUAUAGUGCCAAUGUGCAUACGUACCCCAACACUCCUUAUACUCCAUCUGGUCAAACUCCAUUCAUGACUCCAUACCACACCCCUCAUACAUCACAAACUCCCCGCUAUGGCCAGCAGACUCCAUCUCAACAACAGCAGACUCAGCAACCAGCCUCACAACAAGGCUUCUUACAUCCAGGAGCAGUGACUCCUGCACAUCGAACUCCACGUGGUGCCCACACCCCUCACACCCCUCAUACCCCGCAUACUCCCCAUGCACCAUAUACAAGGCCAGUACAAGGCAAUGACCCUAUGGACUGGCGUAAAGCGGCGGAGGCCUGGGCAAAAUUGAAAAAUCGAGAACCAGCAGGUACUCCACGCCCCCACAGCACUGGAAGUGGCUCCACUCCACGAUCAGAGGAUGGUCGUCGACUGACUCCGCGUUAUGAUGGUACAGUGGGUGUUGGUGGCAGUGCUCUACCUGGAAAUUAUGGCAGUGCUGGUCCUCGAAGUACUCCCAAUGCAGUGCGUGCUAAUUCUGCUUCAACAGCUUAUGGCGCCUUUCCACCAGGGCGCUCACCACGGGGUAGUACAUCAGGGCGUGAUAGUGUGCGCUCUACUCCGCGCACAAACACAAGCCCUCACUCUAUGGUGGAAAGUUCUGUCAGUGGAGAUGCUACACCACUCUAUGAUGAAAAUUAAAUGUGAUCCUUGCUAAGGGUCUGUCUUGACUCAUGAUGCAAAAUGAUGUGAAAUAUUCUUGCAGAAUUAAGAAUUUCAUAUAAUUAUUUCUGUUCUGCUAUGGUUGAAACAGUAUGUAGCAGGCAGAGGCAAUUGAAUUGUCUCAAUUUUUGUGCUUAACUGCAGAAUAUGUAAGUGCUGGAAGCAAUAUGUUAUAUCACUUCCAAUGGACAGAAAGAUUCAUCCUGACUGAGCAAAUCAUUUUUUUUUUAAUUUCUGGACUUAAUGUUUCAAUUAAAAUCUAAUAUUGCGGUUAGUAUUUAUCUCAUGCAGACAGUAAAAAUGAUGUGCAGUGUUAUCAUUAUUUCAUCAAUUGUUUCUGCAAAUAGCUUUAAAUGUUUUGUCCAUUGGAGUUCUGAAUUAUACAAAUCAACUUUUCUUGCAUUAGCUAAACAAAAGCUAAAAGUGUGUGAAUUAAAUUGAAAAACUAAAAAGAUUUUUCUGUAUUUACCAUUACCUUUCAUUCAUGUGAAAUGAGAAAGGAACAAAGAAUGCCUGAAUUUUUGCAUUCCAAUAUGUUCCAAGAAUGCUUUGUUGAAAGUAUGUGUGUUGUGUUUUAUAAGACUUAUUUGAUCAGAUGUGACAAAUAGUAAAUACAAAAAUGCAGAAGUAAUGUUUCUUUGCAUUAUACUUUGUUGACAAUACUUUUUUCCAUUAAAUGUGAUAUAUAUCUGAAAGAAAUGGUACUGGGUAUUACUAUCUAAUAAGGUACUGUUAUUACUUAAUGGAAUGUGCGUUUGCAAUCAAAUGUCAUUGCAUUGCUAGAGCGGUCAGGGGAUGAUGGCUCUCUCUUGUGACUGAGCCUGCUUCAUAGGCUGAGGUGUUGAAUCUUUGAAGCAAUAAGGUUACAAUUAAGUCUAUUUAUUUGUAAUAAAGCAAAAUAUUGUUCACAAAGAGCACUUAUAUAGAUCAUCAGUCAUCUUGUAAUCUUCACAUUUGUGUUCUUGGGUGUGCAUGCUCAAAACUUGUAAUAUUUCAACUAUUUACAGAGAAUUUAACAUAAUUGUCUUGUUAUGAAUUGUAUUUCAUAGAUAUAUGUGUAUAAAAAUACAACUCUUACUGAGGUUCAUUCAAGUGUUGUGAUUUUUAGUUUCAAAAAGUGUUUCUAAAUUAUAGUUAUUUCAUUUAAGUAAUCUGGAAACAUAAUGUUCUUGGAAGUAUCUCUCCUAUUUAUUUGCAUUCUCUUCAUCAGCAUAUAGAUUGCAAACUUAAUUUUUAAUUAAUGUGAAGAAGUUUGUUAGUUUGAAAUUUGCUACGUAAAAUGUAGCUAAUUAAAACUAAAUUCCAAAAAUACUUUUUCCAAUUUGUAGAUAUAUUUAUCUCCUUUUCAUCUACGUAAUUCAGGUAAUUUCCUAAAUGCUAAAUUUAAGAGUAUUUUCUUUUCAGAAUUUCGUUAAUUAUCAAAUUCUUUGAUGUAUUUUUCCACCUCCCAAAAAUCGACUUGAGCUAGUCUUUUACAACGUGAAGUUGGCUCUCAUCUUGAGAGGGGAUGUCUCUGCAGGGAAGUUCACUGGAGACACCUGGCAACAAAUAAGCAACUGGGAGAGUAGCAGAUGAAGUUGCUGUUGCUUUUGUUGUCUUGGCCAGAGUACUGGAAAAUGAACGCCCGAGAUCUAGAGGGUUCUUCACUAAGUAUCGGCAAUUCAUCUCGGAAAAAGAUACCUUGUCUGUCACUGAUCUUGUGGAUCUCCAUCUCCUUCACAGUUAACACAGCAAAGUGGGGAAGCACAGAGAUCGGAAUCGUGCGUGGAUUUGCCGCACUUUACGGCCAUACACUACUGUUGGAUAUGGCUCAACCUCUGACACUUGAAGAAACGCAGGGGGUUUGGCAC